CAGAGCUGAGAACUUAUCUACCUGAUCUCUCUCCCCCCAGGACCCAGAAUGGGAAGCCAGAAGGAUUUUGUCAACAAAUGUAACCAGAUGCUGAGACUGAGGAACAAGCUGCUGAGACAGGCGCUUUCUGAGUGUCUGGGGACUCUCAUCCUGGUGAUGUUUGGCUGUGGCUCUGUGGCUCAGGUGGUUCUCAGCAAGGGCUCCCACGGACAAUUCUUGACGGUCAAUCUGGCCUUCGGCUUUGCUGUGAUGCUAGGGAUUCUAAUAUCUGGUCAGGUGUCAGGUGGCCACUUGAAUCCGGCAGUGACAUUUGCCCUGUGCAUAUUGGCAAGAGAACCUUGGAUCAAGUUCCCUGUCUACAGCAUUGCACAGACUUUAGGAGCCUUCCUUGGUGCCGGCAUCGUCUAUGGCUUGUAUUAUGAUGCUAUUUGGUUCUUUGCAAAUGACCAGCUUUAUGUAACGGGCGAAAAUGGCACGGCUGGCAUCUUCACCACAUUCCCAUCAGACCAUCUGACACUUAUGAAUGGGUUUUUUGAUCAGUUUAUUGGAACCGCAGCUCUGAUUGUCUGUGUUCUGGCCAUUGUUGACCCAAACAAUAACCCAAUCCCUCGUGGGCUGGAAGCCUUCACUGUAGGAUUUGUCGUCCUUGUCAUUGGAACUUCCAUGGGCUUCAACUCUGGUUAUGCCGUCAACCCUGCCAGGGACUUUGGCCCUCGACUCUUCACAUCUUUGGCCGGAUGGGGCACUGAAGUCUUCUGGGCUGGGAACCAGUGGUGGUGGGUGCCUAUUGUCUCACCCUUACUAGGAUCAUUUGCUGGAGUUUUAGUCUAUCAGCUGAUGAUUGGAUGCCACAUUGAGCCUGCGCCCCAAUCCACCCAACAAGAAAAUAUCAAACUGGCAGAUGUCAAAAACAAAGACAGACUUUGAUUCAGAUGCCACAAAGGGACUGGCUACAUUCCAGAUACACCGCAAUGAAAGAAGUAGGGAUCCCAAAGCCUUACUACACUCCAUGAGUCACCACUUGGUUGUCUAUAGCUGUUUAUGUUAGCGGCUCUUAGCAUGUGCAAAUAUUUCCUUCUUGUAUAGAUUUGUCUUCCUCUACCAUGCAGAUGGGUCUUGUGCUGUCAUAAAGUCUUCCAGUAUCAUGGGGUUAUGUGUAUUCCAAUGUCAUGGUGGUAUAUCUUCUAGUCUUAUGGAGAUACAUCUUCCAGUGUCAUGGAGAAUUAUCCUCCAAUGUCAUGGAGAUGCAUCUUCUGAAGUAUUGGAUAUACAUCAUCCAAAGAAAUGGACCGGAUCUUCCAAAGUCAUGGUGGUAGCUCUUCUAUUGUUUGGAGUGUAUCUUCUAUUUUUAUGGAGAUAUGUCUUCCAGUGUCAUGGAGGAUUAUCUUCCAAUGUCAUGGGGUUAUGCAUAUUGCAAUGUCAUGGUGGUAUAUCUUCUAUUCUUAUGAAGAUACAUCUUCCAGUGUCAUGCAGAAUUAUCCUCCAAUGUCAUGGAGAUGCAUCUUCUGAAAUCAUGGUGGUAGUUCUUCUAGUGUUUUGGAGAUCCAUCAUCCACUGAGAUUCAUUGUGGAGAUAUACAUUUCAAUAUCCAGUUACAUUCUCCUGUGUCAUGCAAGAUCAUGGAGAUGCAUCUUCCAAUGUCAUGAAUAUAUUUCUUCCAAGUCUUCCUUGUUUGUAGUAACAUCUUCUUGCAUUGUACAUAGCUUGCUCUGGUGGCAAAUGAAUAUGGAACAAAGGAAUCUAAAGCAACCGCUUAUCCAUACCCGGCAUUUGAAGUUCUGCUGGUCCCUAAUUCUGUCCAAAUUCUAUCAACUCCAGUCCUGAACUUUAUGUAGUAGAGUAGUUUAUAUUACUUAUUACUUCCAGUCCAGUUUUAGCAGCCCUAAAUGUUUGUACCUUUCUGCAAGACUUUGGCUCACAAGUUAAAUUACAAUCGGGAAAAGCCAGUUAGGAGAAAAUAUAAACUUGUAGUUGCACCUCCCCAAGGUGUAUGUUACCUCCAAUUCACAUCAAUGGAUCCAAGCUGAUAGCAAGCAUGACGUGGACUGUGUCGCAAAUAGCAUCAGGGGGCAUUUCAACAACCAAAAAUGAUGUAGAGUCUAGAAUUUUAGAGUAUUUUUAAAUUAUAAAUCAACAAACCUGAAGUAUUUCUGAAUCAUUCCUAUUGAGAAAAUCUAUUUUUGUGCAAAUAGAAAAUACUGAAUCAAUUGGAAGGCUUUGUAUUCCCUUUACUCUUUACCAAAGCUCCCCAAUACACGGGUCAAUAUGAGCUGCCGACAGCCUAAAUUGGCAGUUUAUUGGGCAGUGCAUGGAGCCUCCGACCCGCUUCCCCCUGAUUGAUAUCUGUCCAAAAAAUCAUCCAGAUGUCAGUAGGCCAGGGUUACAAAUCCUGUUGGAUUCAGGUCUGUAUCGAUACGUUGAUGUGGUCCUUGGUCUGACCAUCUGUAUGCUCGUCAUUGUGACCCAAUUGUUGGGCCCUAGGGAUCAUCCCGAUAUCGCCAACCUCAAGGUCGCCAAACAAGUUAAUCUCUGGCCACCUUAAAGGGCAUGUAAAGUCUAAAAUAGAAUAAGGCUAAAAAUGCUGUAUUUUGUAUACUAAAUAUAAACAUGAACUUACUGCACCACAAGCCUAAUCAAACAAAUGAUUUAUGCUUUCAAAGUUGGCCACUGGGGGUCACCAUCUUGUAACUUUGUUAUACAUCUUUGCAAGACCAAGACUGUGCACAUGCUCAGUGUGGUCUGGGCUGCUUAGGGAUCAUCAUAAACAAAGCUGCUUGAGUUCUGCAUGGCUGGGAAGUAAGGCGGGAGCUCCCCCUGCUGUUUAUAAGUAUGAUUGUUUCCCUGCAGAGCAGUUAGGGACCGUCUGACAAUUCCUAUCCACAGCAGUAAAUGAAGGGAGAAUUUCACUGCAUACAGUCAGGUUUCUUAUAAAAAAUGAUACACAAUUUUUAAUUAAAGUAUAUUGGAGAUUGGUUUCUUUUUCAUUAAAGAAAGUAAAAAUGUGAUUUAAUUUUUUUGCCUUUACAUGCCCUUUAAGAGAAAAUAAAGUGCGAGUCCAUAACUUAUUCUGUGCACAGUAAAUAUAGUAAUAUAACAUACAAGGCAUUCUCUAUAAUAUUUAUACGACUCUGCAUCACCAUCAAGUGUCAUGAAGUCAGAGAACCGCCCUCUCACUUUUAAAGGGGAAUAUAAACCAAUGAUCAACUCAGUACACAGGUUGGGCUUAUUAUUAUGUUGUACAUAGUGAAUAAAUAUCAUUGUAGUGUUCUUUAUAACCCAAGUCAAGCAAAUGUGUCAAAAGUUAAAACAUUAUAUUAAUAUAAAGUCCAAGUAUAAAAUCAAACAAGUGUCCGUAGAACUGGGGAGGAAGAGUCUCGCCUGCUGGAAGGUCCUCUUUAUACUUCAAAGCUUUGUAUAUACAUUUGAUUUAAGCACUGAAUGUAUUUUAUGCGACAUUAAACACACAAUUGUUAUACAAA